AAUAAUAGAGUGAUUUCUGUAAAGACUUUUUGUUAGUUGAAAAAGAUUAUACAAAUUAUCCAAUAAAAGUUUUAUACAUCUUUAUAAAAAUUUGAUAAACGCAUCUAUAAAUCUUAGUCAUAGGUGUAUAAUAAUGUGUUAUUAUUAAGCAAAAUUAGAGAAUUGUAAUUCGUUUUCAAUCAUAUGCACUGCACAAAAUAUUUAUAUACGUAGUGUCGAUACUUCGUUUAUGGUAUAAUGUAUCGGUACGAUUCUGAAUCUAAGUCAAAUUGCCAAGAAAGUGUAUUAGUGUCAAACAAAUAUAAAGAAAUUAUAAUAAUUUGCCUCCUUUGUUUACUUAGAGGUUCUACUUUCAAACUUUGAAAAAAAUUAAUCUGACUAUGGACUCCUGCAAUUGCGUUAAAUGCAGCGUAUUUUAAAAUGACAAAUUAUAAUAAAAGUGAAGGUAUAAUUUAAGUUAAUAUAUGUUAUGGCCAAGAAAAAUGGUACUAUCAAUCCGUGUUUUUCAUUUCAAAGAAUUUUCGUUCAUAGAACAAGGUUGAGUCAUGCAAAUCGAGGUCAGCGUGUAAAUGAUGUCGAAAAUGGAAAAGUAGAUAUAAUGGAAAAGAAAAAGACAAAUGACGGAUCUUUAAACUCAAAUAACAUCAGUGAACAGUGUACUGAAAAGUACAACCAAGAAUCUGGAGCUUUUAAUGUAGAUGACACUAAUUUUUAUUGUACAAUAUGCUGCCUAAAGGAAUCAUUAACAAAUACAUUUUUUACUUUGGAAUUGUGUGGUCAUAAAUUUUGUACUUCCUGCCUAGUUAGAUACUUAAAAAAUGAAAUCAACGAAUCCAGAACGGAUAUAGCAUGUCCACAAUGUUCAUCGGUUUUUCACCCUAAUAAUAUCGAACUUUUGCUCACUGAUGUACCAGAAAUAAAAAAUAGAUAUGAAGAUUUCAUGAUUAGAAGAUAUCUUGUAUCUGAUCCUGAUUCCAGAUGGUGCCCAGCGCCCGAUUGCAGUUAUGCAGUAAUUGCAUCUGGAUGUGCCUCAUGUCCUCAGUUGCAGUGUAAACGACCAAGUUGCGGUUUGUUUUUUUGUUAUCACUGUAAAUCAGAGUGGCAUCCAAACCAAACAUGUGAUGCUGCGCGCUCAUUACGACAAAAAGCUAUUCGGUCAUCAUCUGUUAGUUUUAGUCAUGAUUCAAUACGACUUCGAGAAGAAAUGAAGCCAUGUCCACGUUGCCAAGUUCUUAUUGUUAAAAUGAAUGAUGGUUCAUGUAAUCAUAUGGUGUGUUCCGUAUGUGGAGCAGAAUUUUGUUGGCUUUGUAUGAAAGAAGUUAGCGAUCUGCAUUAUUUAAGUCCAUCUGGUUGUACAUUUUGGGGGAAAAAGCCAUGGUCUAAAAAGAAAAAAAUUGUAUGGCAAAUUGGAACACUUAUAGGAGCUCCAGUUGGUAUUGCUCUCUUGGCAGGAAUUGCGAUUCCUUCUUUAGUGAUUGGUGUUCCUAUUUGGGUUGGAAGAAAGUUAUUCGAUCGCUUUAAAACAAAAACCAAAAAGAAGAGAAAUGUUUUUGUAACAAUUGGAGUCACGGCUUCAAUUUUAAUAUCACCAUUCUUGGCUGGACUUGCCAUAGCCAUUGGAGUUCCUAUUUUGCUCUUUUAUGUGUAUGGUGUUGUUCCAGUAUCUCUAUGUAGAGCUGGUUGUAGAACCUCUUCCGGUGAGGAAUAUAUAUUUGAAGGAAAUACUGUAAAUGAAAACCAUGUAAAUAAUGACACUGUGAGCAUUGGAACCAUUUCAAGGGUUGGACGAUUAAGUGCAGAAGAACUGAAUAUAACUACAACAAAUGAAAUUUUAUUAGACAACACAAACAAUACGAAUGCUUCAACAAAAUCUUUGAAUAAAUCAACAACAGCGCUUGAAGAUAGCAUACAAAAUGCGAUAACUGAACAUAAUGACAGUGAUUCGAUUGGAUGUAUGAGUAGAUCAGCUAUAAGAAGCAACAGUGAAAAUUCAUCGGAGGGUAUUGAUACAAUUUCAAAUGCUGUAGCAGAUAAUAUAAUUUUAAUUAAAUAAAGUAGAUUAUUCAAAAAUUCGUUAUUUACUA